AUGCCAACCGUGAGCACGAUGGCAGAAAAAAGUAAAGGUAAUACAUUGAAAGGAUUUUGGGGUGGUUGCCGUUCUCUACUUGUUCCAUUAAUGAUUGCUGUAUUUACAAUAACAACAACGGUUCUACAGAUGAAUGCAACUAGACAAAUUAAUGAACAAAAUUUGCAAAUUGCAAUUGAUAAUCGUGAUAUAGCUAAUUAUAGUCGUAUUCAGCAACUUGCAAUUGAAGAAUCACGUCGUAAAUUAGAACGUGAAAUUGAAGAACAACGACGAGAAACAGAUAGACAAAUUGCACAACAUAAUCGUGAACAAGAUUUACAUGUGGCAAAUGAAACUCGUUUACAUCAAAUUGCAAUUGAAGAUGCACGAUUGGAACAAGAACGACGUAUUGAAGAUCAACGGAGAGAAGCAGAUUUUUCAGCAAUAGAAAAUCGACAGAUGGAUUCAAUAUUAGCGACAUAUUUAAAAGAGAUGAGCGAAUUUCUUUUGAUGGAUAAUUUUACUUUGGAAAAUCGUCGUUGGGCAAUUGUAGUUCGUGCUAAAACACUCACCAUUCUUCGUCAACUUGAUGCCAAACGAAAGUCUCAUACUAUUCAAUUUCUAUAUGAAGCUGAAUUACUUACGAAUAAAAACGAUCCAGUUGAUUUGACUAAUGCUGAUUUAAAUAAUAUCGAUAUGAGCGAUCGAAAACUUAACAAUAUAUCACUUAGUGGAGCAUUGCUUCACAAUGCUAAGUUUGUUGAAACUGUAUUAAACAAUAGUAAUUUCAAUAGUGCUAAACUUAUCAAUAGUACAUUUGAGAAAGCUAAACUUAAUAAUGCAACAUUCUAUAAUUGUGAUGCAUCGUCAUCUAACUUUAAUGGAGCUAUGUUACAUGGAGCUAUAUUUGAAUAUGGUCGUCUUAUUAAGACAACUUGGCGUGAUGUGGAUGGACAUAAAAUUAUAUUCAAUAAAGCUCGAAUUGAUGACUCGGAUUUUUACAAGGCUAAUCUUGAUUAUACAAGCUUCUACUGGACACUUUUACGUGGUGUUAGUUUUAAUCAAACGCAAUUAAAUUUUGUUGAUUGGAAAACUGCCACUGUACUUGGUGCUGACUUUUUUAAAGCUGAUCUGCGUCAAAGUAAUAUUACUUUGAAACAAUUAAGGCAAACAUAUUCAUAUGAUCAAGCAAAGCUUCCUAAUAAUGCACCAACAAUAAACAAAACAAAUUUACUAUCCUAUGGUGAUGCUGAACAGGCGACUAAUAAGAUGAAAUGUUCAAUGAGGGAAUGGGAUUCUGAUAAAACGAUAGUGACACGUACUUAUGCUCCAGACAAAGUCGCAACUAGUCUUGGCUCAUGUUUCUUCACAGGAGUGGAAGGUGUCAUAAAAGCUACUAUGCGUCAAAUAAUUACAAUUAAUUCAACAAACUUUAAGAAUGAUAGUCGCAUAUGGAUCUAUGGUCGUUGUCGUGAAUACGUUCCAGCUGAUGAAUUCAAAGUUCAGUUUCAAGUACUUCAAUUAGAUAAAGAUAAUCAUAUCUUGACAAAUCAUACGUUUAAUUUAAACUCACAGGAUGAACAAGAACAUGAUGAAAAAAGUGUCCUUUACAAUUUAUUAACCACUCAAAUUGGAUUUGAAGUUACUUUUAGACGGCAACUACAGGCACCGUUAAAUCAAUCAUUGGGUUAUUGUGAUAAUCUAAGAUUAUUUAUAUAUGAUAGCAAUUAUUCUUAA